AUGGACAGCUCAUAUAACAUUUCGCUGUCUGUGCAGAUGGGUACAAAGGCUGUGCUCUGUUGCCCUCAUAUUCCACCAACAUCAGUGUUGAUACUAACAACAUGGAAAAUACACCUCAGAGACAAGCCUUUGUGCAUCAUGUCCCUCCAUGGAGAAACAAAUCAGACCGGGAACAACAACUGUACUGAUGGGAGAAUCUCCUGGGCCUCCAGACCUGACCAGAAUCUUGAACUUCAGAUCCAUCCAGUGUCCAUCUCACAUGAAGGGGAUUACAGGUGUGAAAUGGGAGCAACUGAUGGAAAUUUUGAACAUACAUAUCACCUCCAAGUGUUAGUGCCCCCUGAAGUGACCCUGUCUCUGGAGAAGAACAGAACUGUGGAGUGCAAAGCAAUUGCAGGCAGGCCAGCUGCACAGAUUUUUUGGGCCCCGGAGGGGGAUUGUGUCACUGGGAAAGAAUACCAGGACAAUGGCACAGUGACGACCAGGAGUAGGUGCCAUUAUCCAGAUGGCAAUCUGUCCACCGUGACCUGCUUGGUCUCCCACCCGACUGGCAACAGGAGUCAAUCCAUAGAUCUGCUUCCUGGUGCCAAAGGAUCAGGAAACCUGUAUUAUCUAUACAUCUUCAUCCCUGCUAUUUUGUUCAUUGGGGGAUUCAUUUGUUGUUUGAAAAUCAGCGGUUACAGCUUAUUUCAUCUUUCUAGAAAAUGUAAAUUGAAAAAACCAGAAGCUACUACAGUUGUUGAGGAGGAUGAAAUGCAGCCCUAUGCCAGCUACACAGAGAAGAAUAAUCCACUUUAUGAUACUGUAAACAAGGUGGAGAUACCUCAGGUGUCACAAAGUGAAGUUGAUGGCACGGGCCUCCAUACUUUAUAAAUUAUUGGACUCUUAACACCAAGAAAAACAAGUCAAGAUACAGUCCAACUACUGUUUGGCUUUUCUUACAGUUGUUGAACAGAAGACCUAUUUUAAAAUUAGUCUUCCUAAGGUUCUUGGAGGACAGAGGUUUUCUAAUGAAUUUGCAUGUCUAUCUUUCUGCAAUUGGAAUUUUAGACUCAGCUGCUAUUUUUUGAAGAACUGACGUUAUUAUCACAAAGAAAGUGCAUGCUCAUGAUAACAUUUGAAUGGUGCAAUACAAUGAAUAGUGAAAUGUUUCCUCAAGAAAUAAUUUUCCAGAAGGAAGAAUCAUCAAUAGUUUUUUAUGUAUUAUUCUAGAAAUUUCUAUGUACAUAUGACAUGUGUAUAUGCCUGUGGUGGUUGUAUGCAUUUAUAUGUCAUUUUACAUAUGUUUUUGUACUAUUAUGUAUAUACAUAUAUAUAUAUAUAUUUACACAUUUCUUAUCAAGAUACAAAUGGGAACAUACUGUAAUGCUGUUAUAUUCUUAUAAAAAGCUAAUAAUGCAAACUUAGAGAUCUUUUCUUAUCAGCAGAAGCAAAGCUACCUCAUUCUUUUGUAAUGACUACAUAAAUUCCACUAUAUGAUAAUUUAAUUAGCCCCUGCCCUAGCGGUGAACAUUUAGAUUGUUUUAAGUUUUGUUUGUGGUAUAAACAAUAUAAUGUCAAAUGUUUUAUCUGGAUAUAUCUCUUUGCAUUUGUUUAAGUGUGUCUGUAAAAUAAUUUUCUUGAGUGCAAUUGGUGGAUCAAUUGGUGUUCAUUUUUAUGUCAAAUUGUAUGAACUUUCUUUCCUUUCAACAGUGUUUGUGCCAUUCCUAAUACUCUUAUUGUGAUAAGAGAAAUUCUCAAUUCCUCAGUUCCAUUUUUUUCUUUUCAUUAACCAGUGGUCUAAUAUGAUAUAAAAUUAUAAUAAGAAUCAUACCUUUUAAUAAUAGAUUUGUAUUUUUUCAUGUUUGCAAAGGAGAAAACACACGUGAAAACUUUGUAUUCUUCUGAACAUAUUGUAUCUCUAGAGAAGUGUUGACACCUAAUGCCUAAAUUUUGUAGACGUUAUAAAUUGGCAUUACGUA